CCAAAUUGAAUGCAUCUCCUACUCAAAGACAUAUUUAUCAUGCAUCUAUUAUUCUGCAGUAUUUGGUCCAUUUUGUUUCAGGUUGCAAUCAUCCAGGAUAGCAUCUGAAAAAAUUAACUUUUUUCUCCUUUAUUAACCUUAUGGCAAUAAUGUUUAGCAUUUUUUUUUAAUUCAAAGAACUAAAAUGUAUUACUGUUUUUCAUAAACAUUAUGUGGUUAGAAGGAAGAAAGAUGUGCUUAGUGCUAUAAGCAAAGAGGACAGACACUCCCUACCUCAAAGGUCUUACAGUCUAAAAGACAUAUAAAGGCAAGACACACUGGGAGACUCAGAAGAAGGUCUUGGCUUAGUGUAGGGGGUUUUUUUUUUUGCCUUUCAUUAUUUAUUACCUAGCAUUGGCUAGUGUUUGGAGCCUCACAGAAAUGCUUGUUUAGGAGGGAUUUGGUUUUGAAUAGAACAGGGAACUGGCACAAUAAGAUGGAGGACAGUUUAGAGCACAGCAUGGAAGAAGAUACAAAGCUGGCUGUGGCUGUAGGAAAUAAAUUAUUCUUCUUUGAAUGUGUAUCAGUGUGGAUCCCACUGUUCGUGUGCAUGCACCUCAUGCACAAGAUCAGAUUUUUUUUUUUUAAUAGCAAUGUCUGCCAGGGCGGUACAUGUGCCCUGUGCUUCCUUGUAAGGGCAUAAAGGGCGGAGUGGCUGCAGCCCUCCCUCUGUUAGGUUUGCACCUGAAGAGGAGCACCCCUACAGACACGUCUUGAAGAAUUCCAGCUAUUGCACAAGAUGAGUAACCUCUCCUUACAGAGUGCUGCAUGUGAUACAGCUGCAUUGAUUAAUUCCUCUUUUGCUAACAAUGUCAGUAAAUACAAGCAUUUGAAAUAUCUAUCGAAGAAAACUGCUUCAAGUAAGAGCAAAGUAAAACACCAACCCACUAUUAGUAUUACAGAUGGCAAUGGAAUAGAUGAGGGUGCAAACAUUACUGAUCAAUGCCAUCAGGUUGCUGGAGAUGCAAUUACUGAAUUAACUCCAGAACAGGAAUCUGAACAUUAUGAAAAACAUGCAAAUUCAAAUAAUUCUAGGGUAGGAUCAAAAGGCAAAAGGAAUAGCUCUCUGAAAACUGAAGCGGAUGAAGAGGGUAUCAGUGAUGACCAAGAAAAAGUAACAGGCCCUGAAGAGGGUGAAGUUAAUGAAGAACAUGAUGGAGAGAAAGAAGGGAAGCAAAAAGUAUGCAAGCAAUCAAUUGAUGACAAUGAAGGAAGUAGAGCAGAAUCUUGUGCUGAUGCAAUGAGCUGCAAUCAGUCUGAUUCAGGGGAGCCUUCUAAUCAACCUAAUGGUUAUGAGCCAGAAAAUUUAAAAAUGAAUAAUAGAGUGGAUAAACACACUGAAGAAGAUACAAGUGGAAAUCACCAACCUGAUACAGAGGGGACUGAACCAACCCCAGGUCUUUGUGAAAUGCCCCAGGUUUGGCACUAUAGCAGUCCUUUAAUCCUUCACUUCCCUAUUAGCUGCAUUGUUUGUAUGUAUAAAUUAUAUUGACUAAAAUAUUUAUUGUAGAAUACUUUGUUUCCUGAUACGUAUUUAGCUUAUUAUUAUCUUCCUGUUUUGUGCUUCUUUAGCAGUGUGUGUUGUGACAAUAUCUUUUAUAUUUAUUAGAGAGAAUAUAUUUUACUAGUGAGGCAGUUACUUUAUUCCCCCAUGUUUUUAUUGGUGAUACUUAGUUCAUUAAUUCUAAUUAUUUGUGGAAUUAUCAGCGUUUCUUUAUUUUAUUUUUGCAGGUUUCUGUUUUUAUUUU